AUGAGUGAUCUAGAAGAUGGAGUCCCCUCCCUGGCCCCAGAACCGCAAGUUGUGCAUCAAAAUGUACAGUUCUUCAGUCCGGCAUCGUACAAUCUUCCCCACUUCAAGUACAAACACCUUCCGGCAUCUGAAGUGCGAAAUACUUGGAACAUGUGGAUUAGGUGGUUCGAGAAUGUUAUGGCUGCUGCUCGUGUACAGGAUGGUGCAAGUAAGAAGGUGCAGCUACUGGCUAUGGGUGGGAUGGAGUUACAGAGUGCAUAUUAUGGUUUGCCAGGCAUAAAUGACGAAGAUGACGUGGAUGACGAUGCAGACCCGUAUCUAGUAGCAAAAGAGAAACUACAGCAGCACUUUUCUCCCAAGCAUCAUGACAGUUUUGAACGUUUUUUAUUCUGGUCAAUGGCCCCAGAAACUGAUGAACCUAUUGAAAAGUUUGCAUUACGAGUGCAGCGAAAAGCGGAGAAGAUAUCUUUUGGCAAGACAGUUACAGAAAGCCGGCAUAUUGCUAUUAUUGAUAAAAUCGUACAAUAUGCACCGAAUGAUCUUAGGCAAAAGUUACUCGAAAAGGAAGUUUUCACGUUGGACGACACGACGAAAAUCGUGAACGCAUUCCAGGCAGUUCGAUAUCAGUCUUCUAAGAUGAACCACAGAGGAUCCGAAAGCCGGUCAGAGUGCGGUGUCAACCGAUUAUUCACCAACAACAGCAGAAGAUCGGAGAGUAGUGCCAAUCGUUCAUUCACUAGCAAUCCUGGCAGGAGUUCGAAGUGUCUGAGGUGCGGAUAUGAGGCUCACUGGCCUGGAGCUCGAUGUCCUGCGGCGACCGAAACAUGCCGUUCCUGUGGUAAAGUAGGACAUUUUCGAUCGGUUUGCCAAGUCAUAUUGAUGAAAAGGAAAGUCGGACACUAG